AUGAAUGUUAAAUGUGACUGCGAUGGAGACAAAUUGGAGCCAGCCCCCCCGCCCCCAACCUGUUUCUUUUACCCUUUCUUUCCUUCCCUUUCUCGCAUUGCACUUCGCUCUCUCUCUCUCUCCCAUUCUCGCAUUGCUCUUCGCUCUCUCUCUCUCCCAUUCUCGCAUUGCUCUUCGCUCUCUCUCUCUCUCCCAUUCUCGCAUUGCUCUUCGCUCUCUCUCUCUCCCAUUCUCGCUCUCUCUUCGCUCUCUCUCUCUCCCAUUCUCGCAUUGCUCUUCUCUCUCUCUCUCCCCUUCUCUCGCAUUGCUCUUCCUUUCUCCCCUCUCUCCCAUUCUCGCAUUGCUCUUCGCUCUCUCUCUCCCAUUCUCGCAUCUCUCUCUCUCUCUCUCUCUCCCAUUCUCGCAUUGCUCUUCGCUCGCUCUCUCUCUCUCUCUCCCAUUCUCGCAUUGCUCUUCGCUCGCUCUCUCUCUCUCUCUCCCAUUCUCUCCCAUUGCUCUUCGCUCUCUCUCUCUCUCUCUCUCCCAUUCUCGCAUUCUCUCUCUCUCGCUCUCUCUCUCUCUCUCCCUUCUCUUCUCUCAUUGCUCUUCUCUCUCUCUCCCUCUCUCUCUCUCUCUCUCCAUUCUCGCAUUGCUCUUCCAUUCUUAUCUCUCUCUCUCUCUCUCCCAUUCUCGCAUUUUUCUUCUCUCUCUCUCUCUCUCUCUCUCUCAUUCUCGCUCUCUCUCUUCUCUCGCUCUCUCUCUCUCUCCCAUUCUCGCUUUGCUCUUCGCUCGCUCUCUCUCUCUCUCUCCCAUUCUCGCAUUGCUCUUCGCUCGCUCUCUCUCUCUCUCUCCCAUUCUCGCAUUGCUCUUCUCUCGCUCUCUCUCUCUCUCCCAUUCUCACAUUGCUCUCUCUCUCUUUUCUCUCUCUCUCUCCCAUUCUCGCAUUGCUCUUCUCUCUCUCUCUCUCUCUCCCCAUUCUCGCAUUGCUCUUCGCUCUCUCUCUCUCUCUCUCUCUCUCCCAUUCUCUCCCAUUGCUCUUCUCUCCCUCUCUCUCUCUCUCUCCAUUCUCGCAUUUUCUCUUCUCCCAUUCUCUCUCUCUCUCUCUCCCAUUCUCGCAUUCUCUUCUCUCUCUCUCUCUCUCUCUCUUCUCUCCUUUUUUCUCUCUCUCUCUCUCUCCCAUUCUCUCUUAAAAACUCUCAAGCUCUCUCUCUCUCUCUCUCAUUCUUGUCAUUGCUCUUCUCUCUUCUCUCUCUCUCUCUCCCUCUCUCAAUUCUCUCUUCUCUCUCUCUCUCUCUCUCCCAUUCUCCAUUUUGUUUCUCUCUCUCUCUCUCCAUUCUCUUCUCUCUCUCCCAAAAUCUUCUCUCUCUCUCUCCCAUUCUCAUUUCUCUUCUCUUCUCUCUCUCUCUCUCUCUCUCUCUUUCUCUCUCUUUUCUCUUCUCUCUCUCUUUCUCUCUCUCUCUCCCUUUCUCUCUCUCUCUUCUCUCUUCAUUCUCGCUUGGUCUUCGCUCUCUCUCCCAUUCUCGCAUUGCUCUUCUCUCGCUCUCUCUCCCAUUCUCGCAUUUUUGUCUUCUCUCUCUCUCUCUCCCAUUCUCGCAUUCUCUUUUGAAUCUCUCUCUCUCUCCCAUUCUCGCAUUGCUCUUCCCUCUCUCUCUCUCUCCCAUUCUCGUCAUUGCUCUUCGCUCGCUUUUCUCUCUCCAUUCUCGCAUUGCUCUCUCUCUCUCUCUCUCUCUCUCCCAUUCUCGCAUUGCUCUUCGCUCGCUCUCUCUCUCUCUCUCUCUUCUCUCCAUUUUCUCUUCUCUCUCUCUUCUCUUUUCUCUCUCUCUCUGCCAUUCUCGCAUUCUCUUCUCUCUCUCUCUCUCUCUCUCUCUCCCAUUCUCUCAUUCUCUCUUCCCUUUUUCUCUCUCUCUCUCUUCCGCUCCUUUCUCUCUUCGCUCUCUCUCUCUCCAUUCUCGCAUUGUCUUCUCUCUCUCUCUCUCCCAUUCUCGCAUUGCUCUUCGCUCGCUCUCUCUCCCAUUCUCGCAUUGCUCUUCGCUCGCUCUCUCUCCCAUUCUCGCAUUGCUCUUCGCUCGCUCUCUCUCCCAUUCUCGCAUUGCUCUUCAACUCUCUCUCUCUCCCUCUUCUCUCAUUGCUCUUCUCUCUCUUCUCUCUCUCUCUCAUUCUCUCUCUCUCAUUCUCUCUUCUUCGCUCUCUCUCUCUCUCUCUCCCAUUCUCUUUUUUCUCUUCUCUCUCUCUCUCUCUCUCUCUCCCAUUCUCGCAUUGCUCUUCGCUCCUCUCUCUCUCUCUCUCUCCAUUCUCUCAUUCUCUCUCUCUUUCUCUCUCUCUCUCUCUCUCCCAUUCUCUCUUUUUCUUCUCUUUCUCUCUCUCUCUCUCCCAUUCUCUCAUUGCUCUUCGUCUCUCUCUCUCUCUCUCUCCCAUUCUCGCAUUGCUCUUCGCUCGCUCUCUCUCUCCCAUUCUCGCAUUGCUCUUCGCUCGCUCUCUCUCUCCCAUUCUCGCAUUGCUCUUCGCUCGCUCUCUCUCUCCCAUUCUCGCAUUGCUCUUCGCUCGCUCUCUCCUCAGUUUCUUUCGAUUUCUCUCAUUCUUUCAGUCACUCUUCUUACACACUAUAUUUCCUCACCUCUCUAUCUCCCCGUUCCCCACUCUCUUAUUUCAUUCACCCACCUCUUCACCCCCCACCCCCGAUUUAUUCACUUAGUUGGAAUGGCGACGGACGAUGCCAUAACAGUCAUUACGACGGACGAAUGUCACCUGCACGGUAAACCCAAAGACGCCUUCUGCGACCGGUGUAACCUGUGCCUCUGUGACAUGUGUUACGAGGAUCACGUGACAACUUCCUCCCAGUGUCCACCUCAGCUGCUUUCCGUGAGGAAAGAGGCGUCGAAUAUGAAAAUGCGCGGCCCAACCCUGGAGCAGGAACUUUGGGAUUUCGAAAAGAGGAUCAGUGUAAUAAACGAGCAGGCGAAGCGAUCCAUUGACGAACUGUCAAAGGAUUGUGAUUUGAAAUGCUAUCAAAUCUGGCAUGAAUUAGAGAUAUUCCUGGAAGAGGCACGGCAGAAGGCCGGAGAGCUGUGUGACAAUUUAAGAGAGAUGACGUCCAAACAGAUGAGAAAAUGGCACCUCUCCGUUAAUGAGAGAGAUAACCUUUUGGAGAAGGUGAAAAUGUGGCGCCUCAAUUCGACUCAUUUGUUAAGGGAAAACGCUGAUGAUACGGACGUCAUUUAUGGUUUGCGAUCGGUGGAAGCAGCGCUUUCAUCACGGAUCCACGAAUCAUUUGCUCCUGAGGAGAAAGCUAAAUUGGUCAUGACAUUUCCAAGUUGGUGUCAAGAUUCUUUAGAUAAGCUAGAGAACGAAAUGGUUGAAUUGAUGGUAGAGACAUCCACCCGCAGAAAUUUGGAGUUUGAAAAAUACUGGAAUGUGCCGGGAUCGAACCUAGAUAUUUCAUCGAUUCUUAUCAGCGAAGAAGAUGGUCACGUCUUUGUUGGCGAUUGGGAGAACAAAUGCAUCAAAAUUUCGUGA